AUUGUGGAUGCCAUAAGGGCGUCACCCCCUGCCUGAGCACCUGAGCUGAGCCCCCAGCCAGGUCCCAGGACAAUGGGAAACACAGUUAGCUGCUGCUUCCGUGCCAAUCCUGGCGACCGCCAGGAGGAGCAGCGGCUGCAAGAUGAGGGCAUCAAGCGAAAAGUGGCACCAGGUAAGGCAGCAGAUUCUGUGGGAGACAGCAUUCUCCCACAUCAAAAAGAGGUAGCUGCAGGACUGGUGUCAGAGGGUUUGGCAGAUACCGCCAAGAGUGUGGCCUCUGAAUAUGCUGAUGAGGUGACUGAACUCAGAGAGCCUCCUGCAUCAGCAGUUGUCACCAAUCUGCACGUGAAUGCACCUGCUGCUGUGGACAACAGCAUGCAAGAGGUGGCUGCAGGGCUGGUGUCGCAAGUGUUGGCAGAGGCCACUGAGCUUGUGAAUGCACCUGCUGCUGUGGACAACAGCAUGCAAGAGGUGGCUGCAGGGCUGGUGUCGCAAGUGUUGGCAGAGGCCACUGAGCUUGUGGCAGUAUUUAAUGCCACCCUUCCAGUGGACCAUCUAUUUGGGGAGGCUUCCUCGAAGAUGGUAAAUACCAGUCUGACUGAGAGUGUGCAAGCUCUCAAGGACGUUAACCUUAGAGAGGAGCGCUGCAAUGGUGACAACAGGGACAGCGCCCUCCCCUGUGUUCCAGCUGAAAAAGCUGCACGGCCUGAGAUUAGAUCAUCCCAAGAGGACCCUGCCACCAUUACACCGGCUGCAAAGCCGGAGGACCGGCUGGUUCAGAAUCCCUCGGCUGAGGGGGUGGUGAGUAUUGCUCCAAAGGGGUUUCCUCAGGUAAGUAGUGACAUUGAUGCCCAUCUGGACAGGUGUGGACAUCAGCCACUGUUUGACUCAUCCAAAGCCCUGGAUGGGGAACGGGAUGCGUCUCUGCACGGCAGUGAGGAUGAGCGGCUGCUCACCUCCGCCAUGCUUGGCACGGGUUUGCCCGUCAUGAAUGCUAAGCUUGCUGAGGCUAUCUCGCUGCACAGGAGUGAUAGUGGUCACUCGUUCAGCAUGGAGGGACAGCAUCGCCACAGUGGCCUUCACCUCAAAUCUGUUCCCACUGAUGCUUCUGCAAGAGGCUCUGCUGCAGCCUCUACCGCCCGAGACAUGGUGUUUGGCCCGAGCACCAAGUCUAAGAGUGUACCCCUUCCAAAGUUGCUCGCUGAACUUGCGGCACUUCAGAGGGUUGUUGUGAGCUCCAAUAGUUCCGCUCACAGAGGGCUGGCUGGGAAUCUCCAGGAUGAGAGACCUGGAAGUGCUGGCAGGUGGAGCCCGGUGUCAGAUGGGAGUGAGGCCUGGCUUACUUGGUAUGUCAGUUGCAUAACCAUUUACCAUAGCAAAUGA